CAGAGUGGCGACGUCAAACUUAAGAUGCUCAGCAGUCAGCAGCAACUUGGCUCGACCUGAUUUGCAACGCUUCGGCUUGCUCCAACGGACCUCAACCUCACACGCUCGAUCUCACAUGUUGGAAUACAGUAUGAAAUGUUUUGAUAGCUGAGAGAUGUUUGGGGCGGCUUGACGGCAUUCCAUGAACACCUAAGAUGUGGCCUCCAGACUUUGGACCUCCCGAUACUCAAAUGACUCUUUCCAGUUUCUUUGAAGAUGCAGAAGACCACCAAGGACUGCCAUAUUCUGGGGUCCAGUCACCCAUUCCUUCAUUCAGUGCAGGGGCGUGCUGUUCACCCAGGACCUCCUUGGCCUCUCCUGACACGACGUACAAGUCCAACCCUGACAGGUGUGAGGCACGAUUUCCCAACAGUCCUGAAACCUUCCAUGGGUUCUGUAAUAGUUCCCAACCAACUCUUCCUACAUCCUACAUUCUCCCUGGUUGGGCCACAUCUAAAAAACUCCAGAACAACGGUCUCUUCGUAAAACAAGAGCCCACAGAGGACAUGUUCCGUAACCAGCUGUGUCUCUGGACCGACUGUUGCACCACCUUCAGAAGCCAGGAGGAAUUGGCAAGACACAUUGAGAAGGAGCAUGUCGACCAGCGCAAGGGCGAGGAGUUUGCUUGCUUCUGGGCAGACUGUGUACGGCGCCGGAAGCCCUUCAACGCACGCUACAAGCUGCUCAUCCACAUGAGGGUGCAUUCUGGGGAAAAGCCCAACAAGUGCAUGUUCGAAGGCUGCGCAAAAGCAUUUUCCCGCCUGGAGAACCUAAAGAUCCACUUGCGAAGCCACACAGGAGAGAAGCCGUAUGUCUGCCAGAACAUCGGUUGCUUUAAGGCCUUCAGCAACUCAAGCGAUCGGGCAAAGCACCAGCGAACGCACCUCGACACGAAGCCGUACGUCUGCCAGAUCCCAGGUUGCACCAAGCGCUACACUGACCCUAGCUCACUACGGAAACACGUCAAGACUCAUUCUGUCGGAGGCAUGCAGGAAGCCAAGAUUCACGUAUACUCAUUACCAGAAUCUGACCUGAUGAACAUCUCAGCAAUUUCAGGUUUAGAAAAAUUCCCAGGUUCUUACACAGAUGAACGGAACUCAGACGUUGCCCCUAGAGUGGACAUCCACUAUCUAGGCAAAGAAGGAAGCUUCCAUGGGAAGAACAUGCAGUUUAUGAAAACAACUGAGGCCCGACUGCAACAAAAAGGCGGACUUUUCGGGGACUGGAAAGUAUCUCGGCCGAUCAGUGAUAGAGAUUUUGCCAUACUUCCUGGCCAUUUUUCGCAAGCCUCAGCAGCACCUAAUGAAGCAUUUGACUUGAUGCACAACAUGGAUGACGACGACAACUUCCUGUUCCAGGCAAGAAGUGUGGACCGCUACCAGAGUCUUGUGGACAGCAUCUACCUGGAGUCAUGACCGCCAUGUCAGAAAACCAGGCCAAAAACAACAUCAGUCGUCCUUGGAGGAAGGGGCGGGGUAUUUUAUUAUUAUGACAUUUCCACAUUUAUUUACUCAAGAGAAAAAUUGAAUGGCUGUAAUUUCAGAGUCCAAAAAUCCAAGAGCUGUUUUGUCUUCUAGAUUUUCCUUUAAAGGCACUUUAAAUAAUAUGCAUUCUAAAUCAGUAAAGUUACUGCAUUGUGCUAUGUUCAAUUAGCAAUAGAAUGAUUUUGUGCUAAGCUAAACUUUUAGCCUUCGAUUAUACAGUACCUUUUAUUCAUUUUUUAUGAGAUACUAUAUUUUUAAAGUGCACUUCCAUUGGCUGUGUACUGCCACCUAGUGUGCAUCUCAAUAAUUACACUACAUGUGGUCAACUGGAAAUCAAUGGUAAGAAAGAUUAGUGGAAAGCGGGGUAUGUUGUCACAUCUGUCACUCUUUCAUAAAUAUCUUUAAAACACCACAUCUUAGAAUAAUUAUUCAAUUAUUACAGCAAAACUUAAUGUCUUGGCUUGGAUUUGAAAUCAUUCUAAUUUUUCAAAUCUUUUUUUUUAAGUGAUUUA